AUGUUCAAGGGAUCUACGCACGGCAAGUCGAAGACAACCCCACUCAAGGAAGUCGCCAACCCCUUUCUGCGGGAAGCAGCCGCGCUCCUUCAGCCUCGCAGCAACGACUCCGAAUCACAGUCAACGAGGGAACGCGCGCAGGACCCUGGACAUCGUGCUGCACCCCCAUCGCAAGCUCGGCGACGGCAAACGAGGCAGGCGGCUCACAGUCAGGAGGUGGCGGACAGUCAGGAGGUGGUCGACGACGCAUCUGAGCCGGAGAUUGGCAGGCCUUCGGACGCAGAAGAGGACGAUGAAGACCAGUAUCCGGACGGUUUCUGGCAAGAGGCAGGCCGGCUACAGGAGGUUGAGGGCCAGCCAGAAGACUCGCAGGAUGUCAUCGACGACGCUCAGACUCGUGAUCCGGUGCCGAAGAGCUCGCUGCUAUCCCUGGCGUAUCAAUUGCUCACGCUGGACCAACAGCACAACAUCGAGCUCGAUGACGACGAGAAGGACGCACGGCAGAACGCAUUGCAGAUUGAGGAAGGCGCGGACAAUGAGGGCUCAGACACAGAGGAGGGUAGCGCGGAAGAAGCUCAGGCGCGUGAAAUAAUGGAGCUUGUACCUAGGGACCACGAGAUGGAGGAUGACGACGAGGCGACGGAGCCCGACACCGAGGACAUGGGGGAUGGUCAUGCGGCUCAGGCAACGAACAGCGAAGAGGGCACGGAACCUGAUUCCAGAGGCGGGCCAGACUCGCCCGAGCGCCCGGCACCCGCUGCGUUAAGUCAGCCGACAGAAUCGCCGGAAGACAUCCAUUAUGUUCGUGCUCCCGCGGGCAGCACAGACGAUGGGGUUGGAAGCAAGCGCGCAUCGCCUGCUGUUAUGAACCUAUCGGACGAAGAGAUGUCUGAUCUUGAGCGGCCUGCCCAGUACUUCGCGCGCAAGAAGGCCGAGGAGCGCGAGGCUCAGGCCGUGUUAUCGGGCACAUCACCCCCUCCGCCUCAACCGUCGCCACCCCCCGCCAUGCCGCCUUCUACUCAAGUCCCUCCGACUGCCACAAAGGGCCUGCCCCAGCCGCGGAAGCCUAAACGUCAGGCAGCCGCGGCGGCAGCUGCAGCGGCUGCAGCGGCGGCGCAGGCGCAGUCAACCGUAGACGAGGAUGGCAUGCGACGCCCGACGCUGCAGGACCUGGAGUUGGAAGAUGCGCUCAAUCACCUGCGUCUGGAGUCGUGCCUUGGCGCCGGCCUCCUGCCCCUUGUACAUAAGAACUUGGCACACCCCGACUCCAACGUCACGCUCGUCAUCCUACACGGCAACCGCAACCUCACCCGCGCGAACCAGGAUCGCUUCGACGAGCUCAUACGGACCGGCCAGUUCAUGCCUCGCAGCCCCGAGUUCGCCAUCGUAUGCCUCGUGGACGACAACGUCAUCGACCCGUCGUCCUUGACGCUGGACAUGAGCAAGGCGCUGAAGACGGUGGUCUUGAUCAACGGCGCAACGGGAGAGGUGACGCAGCUGAAUGGCAACCAUCGCCGCGACGCUCAGAACAGGCGUUUCCGAAUCCAGUUCAACAUCGACCACAUCCCGGAGGAGGACGUCAAGUGGAUGCCGGACAUGUACAAGGCAGCUCGGGAUCCCAACGGCUUCGGCGUCUGCGCGGCCAUCUUCUACCGCCGCUCCGUACUCGAGGCGUCGGCGUAUGGAGACGAGUUCAAGCACAACCUCGUCACGAACAACAAGAUGGGUGUCUUCCGCGACUUGCCGGACCGGCAGCUGUACCGGCUUAUGCUGCGUAUCGCCCUUGCGAAGACGCCCGAGGACGUGAACAAGGUGUACGGCGAGGCGACAGGCAACGCCUAUAGCGCGAAGGUCAAGAUCAUCACGACGAGUUUGCAGCAGGCGCGCGAAAUGCUCCCGGACCUGGCGGUGAGAAAGCCGUACUCGCGGGACGAGGCGACAAUGUCGCUUAGCUUCAACGCGGACGCAUACGCCACGCUUGGCGGCGGGUUCCUGACCCCAAUAUCAACGUACUGGCUGUGCAACAAGGCCCUCGAGUACACUGCUAUGCACACAGCGUUCACGGUCACUAACGUGCUGGACCGGGAGAUUGGAGACCACGAAGUAGCGCGGUUCUUCGCGCGACUGGACCUCAACUGGCAGGAUAUGCGCGAGUUGCGGUUCUUGCCCGAAGAGGUGCUUGUCGGCGAGGUCAUCGCCACUGUCGCAGAGGAGGCGUUCUUGACGCUCCCGCUCGGCAUGUUCCUCGACCAGGUCCUCCACGGGCUGUUUGAUGGCGACAAGCCGGUGGAGGAGGUCAGCCGCGAGUGGCUCUCUUGCAUGCGCAACGCGUACAAAGAGCUGUACACCCGUCUCAAGGCCGCCUUGGUGGUGCUGUCCGACAAGCACGACCUGUCCAGUCGUGCCAGCGGCUCGCGCGGUCUGCAGCUCGCGACACUGCCGGACUUUUUCUACGCUCUGUCGCUGCUCGACUCGGAAGCGACGCCUGUGACCGCCCUGAAGUGGACCGUUCGUCUUCCCGUGUUCUGCCCUUCCGUCCUCCACGUUCUCGUCAAGGAGCUCUCUCGUACACACUGGGCGCAGAUCUCCAAAAACUACAUGACGCUGAUACUCUCGUUCGUCAUGCCUGGGCUGUACUCUCAAAAGCUGCGCCCCGGAACGACGUCGGACAAGAUUAUCACGCUCCAGACCCCAUUCGACAUGCUCCGGUCGUGGGUCCUCAACAACGCCCACGCCUUGGGCUACUCCGGACCUGUCACGCAUCUCCCUCUGGCGCUGGACGUGGCAAUCAUGACUAUCAUCAGCUUUAUACUCGAGACUGGUCCGGCGUACCUGAUGAAGGACAAGCUGUCGCAGGAUCUUCAAGGCCUCACCUCGUAUCAGACGGACAACAUAGACACCUUCGGCGUCACCACGGUGCUGGUCUCCAUCUUGGACAGGCACUGGAGUUCUUGGUCAGACUUGCGUGAGCGCGCGCCCUCCGAAGCUAUCGCCAGCGAGAACAGGAUCCCGGAGGACGCCACUGAGGCGGUGCUCAUGCUCAAGAAGCAGACUCGGGCGUACUUGUCGUCGCCGGACGCCGACAAGAUGAUCAACACGUGCGUCAGGAUGCUUCGACUGUGGCCGUACGGCAUCUUGUCCCGCGCGGCGGCUCUGCCAACGUAUAAGGCGGCACAUCAGGCGUACAAGGGAACCGUCGCUGCUGCCGCAGUGGACGCGUACAUCGCCGCCCCUUACAAUCGCGUCUUCUUGGAGCAGCCCGGUCACGAGCCUAUCGCCAACAUCCUCACCACCAUCUGCUCUGCCAUCGCCGAUGCUCUCGGCAUGGAACACGAGAUCAUACCGUUCUGCGAGUGGGAAGCCUUCGAGCCUUCAGCGGAGCUGCGUUCUGAGUGCAAGAACUUCGCAACUCGCGCCACGCGUGUCAACCAGAGUCUCUGGGUAUGCGACUGGCUCCAGUCGGUCGAUCCCGCCUUUGUUGCCGCCGCUAUGGCCGCCGCCACAGACGCUGCCAACACCUCGUCCGGCAAUGGUCGCGCGUCACCUGCGGGUAGCAACGCCGCUGCGGCUUCGUCCUCCAGUGCCGCCCAAGGCCAUGUGGGUAGUGGACAGGCCGGUCCCUCCUCCGUCGCCGCCAAGGCUGCCCCUGCGCCGCCUGCCCAGAUAUCUCUUCCUCGCGCAGAUCUUCAGCUUCACCCGGUGUUUGCGGAGACAAAGACCGCGUUCGCCGGAAACGUCGCGCAGAUGUUUACGGCCAUCGACGAGUCGGCGUUGCUGAAGGUGCAGAUGAGCAGAGAUCUGCUAGGCGAGUACGUGAAGGCCCUAUUCAGGAGCAAGAUGAAGGCCUUGCCAUUGCAGGACGCUCGCGGCAUGCAGACUAUACCACCGGAUCUGCUGGACGCCCUUCGUGUGGUACACUCGAUCUUCACCAAGUACAUCGCGCAUUUCCAUGGCGGCCAGACGCCGGCAGAACGAGAGGCUGCGCACCAGCUUCUCCUCGAUGCUGCUUUCCUGCCAGGUGUCGCAGCCACGUCAGAGGAGAUGAAGCUGUUCUUCGAUGGCGCUAAGGCCGUCAAGGGUAAGUCCGCCGGCCUGCAGCUGGACCCCAUGCAGCCCAAGGCCACCCAGACCAUGCGCAAAAUCACCGAGGCAUCGUCGAGGAAGAGCAGUGCUGCGCGCGAGUCCGAUGCCGCCGGCUCACGUGCGAGCAGCAGCACCAGAACGUCAAAGAACGCGGCGAAGGGAGCUGGCGCGCCGGACACGUCUUCCGCUGAGUCAUCGUCCCACGAGCUGCAUGACUUGUCUGACGCCGCCAACGCCAACCCACACGACUUGGUCGAGCGCGGCCGCCAACCGAGGGUGCUCUCCAGCGGCCCUCCUGUCCUUCGCAACCCAGGCAAGCCGCGCCCAAAACCGACAAAGGGGAGGACUCCCAAGAGCGACACGUUUGUGCGUGACAACAGCUCGCAGGAGCGGGACCCUUCGAUGGGGCACCUUCCCCAGAUCACCCCGCCCAUCAUGAUCCACGGUAACCGGCGCAACCUCCCACGCUUGGCGUGGAACAACAAGGGCUUCGCUACGACCGGGCAAGGGAGCGGGACUUCGAACACGCAGAGCGCGGCGGGUCCGAGCGGCAGUCGUUCCCCAGCUCUCUCUCGCGCGUCAUCGACCGACGCGAGUUCAGGCGGUUCUCGUGCGUCGUCUGCCAAGCGUCGUGAUCGGUCGUUGUCCGACGAUGGCUCUCCUUCUGGCGAGAAGGACGAGCCGGCGAAGAAGAAGGCGAAGGGCAAGAAGAAGGCGAAGUAG